GCCAACGUCGUUAAUUGUGGCCGACACAGGUUCGAACAGUCAUCAAUUAGAAAUAUUUGUGUGAAAAACACGAAAUCUUGUUUCUCUGUGUGUUAUAAUAAAAUUUAAUUAAGACUUGAAAAGAAAAUAAAUUAAUUCCUCUAAACGAUUGAAAAGAUUUCGAUACAUAGAAGUUUACUACCUCCACAGAAUAUUGGUGUUAUUAUUAUACGUGAUUGCAAUUAAGUAAACAAAUAAUUUAUUUCUUGUUGAACUCUGAUUCUCUUCUGGUGCUAGUGUAUUUAUUAUUCCAAGAAAAAAGAAAGUGUAUUUUUUCCCUUUAAUACGCAGCAAAAAAGUGCAGUGCAGAAAAAUGAAGUCAUCGAAAAUACUUUUUGCUGUAUGCCUGUUUGUAGGACUCCUAAUCGUUCCCUUUAAUUGUGAAGAUGAGAAAGUAACUACAACAGUAGCGCCUAAGAAUGAAACAACAUUAGCACCAUCACCAACUCCUGAAACUACUACUACUACUACAUUAAAACCAGAUAAUACCACAACACCAGCUCCUGAGCCAACAACAACAACAACUAAAGCACCAGAUACCACCUCAACUAGCACUAAAGCUCCCGAAACCACGACUAAAGCACCAGACACUACAACAACAACUACUAAAGCUCCAAAUACUACAACAACUACCACCACAACAACAACAGUAGCUCCUGAUACAACAACAUCAACAGUAGCUCCUAAUAGUACUACUACAGUUGCUCCAGUAACCACAACAGUAGCACCUAAUACAACAACUGUAGCACCUUCACCCUCACCAUCUCCCAAACCCGGUCCAGUACCACCAUGCGGUCACUUUGAUGGACCCUCUUUCAUAGGUGGUAUUGUCUUAACAUUAGGUUUAUUGGCUAUCGGUUUGGUUGCCUACAAAUUUUACAAGGCUCGCAAUGAACGCAACUAUCACACCCUUUGAGCCGCCACUGCAUUCACGUCUGCAUUUAAUGCGGCUUCUACAGCGGCUGCUGCUGCUUCUAAUGCAGCUGCCACUGAUGCAGAACGUGUACGUUUUGUACAACCAGCAAUACCUUUGCGUUCACCACCCUCUCCGCCCCCACCACCACCAAAUCAACCGCAACAGCAGACAUCUCCCUCAGCACGUCAAAGGCUACUUUAUACAUAAAAACUCCACACUUCCUACAAUAACUACAGCAACAUAAAUAUUUUUUUCAGAUUUUUUUUUUCAACUUUUAUUAUAUCUUCUUAACCAAACAUACAUACAACUAAUGUAUGUCGUUGUACUACAGCUACAGCGAUUCAUACAUACAUACGAAUACAUCAUAUGCAAGUAAGCAAAAGCAAGCAACUACAUAAGUACUAAACAAAAAAAAAAAAAAUAAAAAAAAUAAAUAAAACUAAAUUUAAAACGUGUACCCGUACGUAUAAAUAUUAUCCUAUAGAACAAAGAAAACAAACGAAAAAAACAAAAAAAACAUCAUGGGCCUUUAAAUAUUUGUAUUUUUUAUUAAAUAUACAUACAUACAUACAUUGCAAAACUUAUAUAUUGAUUGAAGAAAUUAAUAAAUAAUAAUUAUUUAUAAUCUUUUACUAAAUAUAUAUACAUACACACAAAAUACACCCAGAAUCUAAACUAAGUUAAAACAAAAGGAAUAAUGCAACAUAUAUACAAACAUAUGUAAGAGAGCAACAGGAAAAGUUUAUUAUCAUAGACAGGAUAAUUAGCAUACAUACAUACAUACAUACAUACAUACAUACAUACACAUUUGAGACUGUUUGUAUAAAUAAAGUAAGAAUUAUUAUGAAUGAAUUAAAUAAUAAUAUGUGCUUCUUAUAGCCCAACCAAAAAAUUAAAAGAAAGAAAGAAAACUAAAU